AUGGCGACUUUUACAAAUGACUCGUCUCGGGCUGAGAAUUCGACAAUGAAUCUGUUUCAAGGCGCGCGAUUCUGGCUAUCUCUAACUGUUCCACAAAGGCCGAGAUUUAAAGAAUUAAUCAAGCAAUAUGGUGGCACCGUUGUGCUGAUGGAGAAGGAUGCCGAUGUGAAGCUGGUGGAUCACACGAGGAAAGACCUGCCUAAGGACACCUUCUCCUAUCAAUAUGUAGAGCGUUCUAUCAACAAGGGACGACUCGAAGAUCUAGAAGCCUACCGAGUUGGGCCAUCUGCACCUCGUCCAAUGGGCGCAUCCAACAUUCCCACUAAAAGCACAAGAUCGUUCUUUACCUUGAAAGAGGAUCAGAUCCUGUUUGACUGGGUCGAACACUUUGGACAAGAGCCAGGGGCCCCUGUCCAAGGCAAUAAAAUUUACCAGGAUUUAAGUGAACUGUUUCCUGGUCACCCAUGGCAGUCCUGGCGUAGUAGAUAUAUGAAGCACCUGCGUGGCAAGGGCCGUCCAGGGGGCGGCACCUCAUUAUCAUAUGACGACCUUUUAGAGUCUGCACCACCCCAAGGAGAACGCCCAAAGACCUUACCCGCCCGAACUUCCUCAAAAGAUUCCCCAGCAAAAUCUAGCUCAAGGGCCCCCCGGCUGGCACCACCUGCUCCGGCGCAAGCAAGUACAGCAAACAGCCCAAAACGAAAACGAGACCCGGUCCCUGAACCGUCGAAUCAACGGCGGAGGGAUGUUUCCCCUAUGAAAAGAAGAGCAAUCGAAGCUUCUGCAACUGCGGGCCCUCCCUCACGCCGUCCCCGUCCCGAUAGCCGGGGACCCCAGCCAGAGUCAUCAAACGUGGCAGCCACACCACCCUUUACUGCACGCCCAGAAAGAGGCUCUCCCGGUGUCUCGUCGUCAGAUACAGGACCGCUUCAAGGCCUUGGGAUUCCAGAUCUCUUCCCAGUCCCGAACCCUUCCACACAAACUCCUCGCCGUGUCACUCGGGAGACUUCACAACGACCAACAAAUAUAACAGAACCGACAGCGCCGCCGGCCCCACCACGACCAUUGGGGGACAAUGCCUUCGCACAGUCUGGCCGAUUCAAGAAACAAACACUGAAUCCCAGACCACCAAUCAACGAUAUCUUCGAAGACCCAGUGGACCCCAUUUUCCUAGAACUCCCAUUCUUGCCAUCAAGCCCAGCAUCCGAGGUGGCUGAUGAUGACAUCUCAGAUGCCCCCUCCGUCGAUACUUGGAUUGAUCAACGCCUGGCUCUAGGUGCCAAAGAAUCCCACGUGUUCGAUGCUCUGCGAUGUACAAGCAUGGUCCCAGAGAUGGCAGAUAAGGUUCUCAAAUAUCUCACCGCUGGGAAGGGUAUUCCCGAUGAUAUGCCCGGGGUCUGGACAGCCGAGGACGAUAGUUGUUUACAAGCGGGUGAAUAUUCGCGUGUGCAGCGAGCGUUGACGAAACACGGCGAAGAAGCGUACAAGGAUAGAUGGGAAUAUUUCAGCAUGGCCCGGCAGACAGGACUCAUUGAAUGA